GGACCCAGGGAACUGUGCAUGUAGUUGGCAAGUUUAAUGGGCAGUGUGCUUGAGUUAAGCCCUGGGUCAGUACUAAAGGCAUCAGUGGAGUUCUCCAGGGCUCCCUCUGUCUUGUGCCAGGGCAAGGGUGUAUGUGUGUACUAGCUGGGGUACACUUCUGGAACCUGUAUCCAACUCUCUCCCUCCAUUGCUGCUCUCUGCAGUGUUUACAUGUACCCCAGCUUCACCACUACCAUCUGGAUAUCAACUCCUGGGGGACUCCGUUUGAGACUUCUGCUUUCUAGUGACCUUUUACCGUUCUGUUCUUUGCUGACUUCCUCGUUUCUGCCUUGUUCUGUUUAAAACGGUUCUACUGUGUUCCGUUCAGGGAUAGUAACAAGGAGUGUGUUCUUGGAUUGCUGUCCCAGUCUAUGUAUAUGCAUGUACCAGAAAGUUUGACUGCCACUUUAUAUCCUGAUCUGACUUGGAUCCUCUGGAUGGAUGCGUGACUAAUUCUCUUAACUGUGCUUGGAUCCAGCUACGCAUUACUACUCUGAGCAAGUGCUUUAUUGGAGAUUAGGCAAGAAGGGAUCUGUAUUCCUCAUUGUGCCCUGUCUUGGAUUACCUGACACUGGACAGCACUUAAGCUUUCAUUCAAGGCUACACAAGGGAUAUUGUUGGGGUUUCCUAUGGUUUCUAGAUGACUGAAGUGAGUUCCAUGCGAGUGUGAGUUUUCGGGAAAGCUUCGGGAUCUACCACAGUUAAGCACUUGUGACCUCCAGGAGGAUAUCACUGACCUCAAGAAGGAACUUUGACCCUGUGGAGGAAGAUACCUUCACUUUUUGGAGUGAUAUCAAAGGGAGAACAGCGUCUUCAGGAAUAGGAUACCAAAGUAUUGUUGGUGUUGUUCUCUACCAAAAGGAAGCCAACACAAAGAAACCUCACCAACAGAGAACCGUCCUUUUCAAACUCUUUGUCAUUGUUGUGAGUGAUCCCUGAAGAGAGACUGAUGUUCUGGCCAGGGUUGUGAUAGCUGCUUUCUCUGUGACUUACCACCUCUGUCCCCUUCCAUCAUGAAGUUACAGCUCAUCACCAUACUCCUAACCCUUGUCCUUACCUCAGCUCUUCUAGUUUCCAUGGCAACUGCCAAACGGGGGUCUCGCAAGAGUAAAAAGAGAGAUGACCCUGAACUGCCAUCCUGGAAACCAAAGUCAAACCCUGCCAAGGGUGAUGCUGUCUUUUCAAAGAAAGCUGGACAAAAGUUGCUGUUGAAAUGCCCAGCUGAUGGAAAUCCCAAGCCCAAAGUGAGGUGGCUGAAGAAUGGAGAGCCCAUUCCAAAGUCUCCAACAGGACGAAUUAAGGAGAAGAAGUUCAACCUGUUGGUGUCAGACCUGCAGGUGUCAGACUCAGGUAACUACACCUGUGAAGUCUACAACAAGGUGGGCGAGAUUAAGUGGACUUACAUCAUACGCAUUAUGAAGGUGAUCUGGCCACUGGAAGUUGUGGGGCCAGAAAACAAGACUGUGUAUGAAGGAGAGGAUGUAAAUUUCCGGUGUCGCGUGAUGAAUGAUCCUGAGGCUCAGAUACAAUGGCUAAGACGUACACUGGGCCAAGGGAAAGCCAACACAACCAAACUAGAGUCAGAAAAACAAAUGUUCAUUCCGACAGGAGAAGACCCAGAGCUGUUAGUCCUGAAGAACGUCUCGCUGGGGGAUUCUGGUCUUUACAAAUGUCUGGUGGGGAAUUUCAACGGCCUGAAAUACUCUGAUGCCUGGUUAAAUGUGUUACCCAGGAACAAGUCCACACCCACCACAGAAAAAACAAAAAGAAAGAAGGAAAAACAAACAAUUCCUACAUUUGCUCCUGUACAAACCACGACAACCAUGAUGAGGAUAGUUCCGGUGACCUAUACUGUAUAUACAACACAAGAAACGCACAAAAAGCGACCGGAUAAAAACCGAAAGCUUACAACAGUUACAGAUGCCCCCAGACAGAGAAGACCCAAACUAACCUCGAAGCCUAACCAAGAUAAUGGCCGGGGCAGGGGCUCCAAAAGGAAACCUAUCUCGCCUCUCUACACACCACUUAUGACCAUGACUCCGAAAACUCGAUCCCCUAAACGUAAGGAUAUGAUGAAGAACAAGAAAGAAAAGACAACUGUUUUGGAGCAUGACCCAAGGGAGAAAACUGAGACAACUGACAAGCCCAAUGUAUACAACAUGCCGACGAUGGCAGAGGAGAAGCCAACUAACGAGGAUGGUGCAGACAAAGCUGUUGCAGACAGCAGUGCUGGCUCACCAGGAAGUAUUAACUUGUGGACGGUGUAUAUUAUUGUGGGUGCAGUGGCUGGCGGCAUUCUUUUGAUAGGUCUGGUGACUUUGAUUGUGGCAGUAGCCUGUGCCAGGAGAGAGGAUGGGCCUCUCAACAAGUCAACUACUGUCUGACUAUGAAGGUAGUGAGUUGUCUCCCCUGGAUCACCAAGGUCCUCUUGCAUAAAGGAAUAUAUGUGUGUAUAUAAAAAAAAAUAGGUGAUUUGUUUGAAUAAAUGCUUGAAAAAAUGUUUCAUCACAGUGGUGUGAUGGUGUCCAAAUGGUGCUCGUGAUUUCACAUAAGGUGCCAAAAAAUAAAUGAAUAAAAAAUUUUAAAAAUGAAUAAUCGAAUAAUUCAACAACAGUUGAAGAAAGAAGGAGUGCAAGGAGUGCUCUACUGUGAUUGAGUAACCACUUCAUCAUGCACUGUGCAUGUGGAAAAUGACAAUGGCUAACAGAAAAGAGACUCUUUGAAGACAAAAUAACAUGGCUAACACAAAGACAUUUUGUAUUUUUGUGUGGUCAGAUCUCUUUGGAACUCACACUAAAUUCUCACAUACUUCGGUGUAGUACAGGAAGAGGAAAAAAACUCUCUCAGGUGAAAGGACUUCUGCAUCCUUGUGUGUAUAGUAUACACAAAUGUGUAUAUGUGUACCUGUGUGUACAUGUGAAAUGUGAGAACUGCAUGUAUCCAAAAUCAUAAGGACUACUGAAUUUUGCUGCUUGUUAAAUGUGACGUCAGUACAUCAUGUGUACCAUCAUGAAGCCUUCAACUCUAAUGUUACAUAAUGGCUUUAGGGUGUGUACCACAGCCACAUAAAGUCUUUAACACCCAAUGGUGUUAUCUCUGAUUACAUGUUUAUUUUGGUAUGUGUACCAUUGCAUCAUGAAGUCUUCAACACCCAUGCUGAAAUGGUGUACGGUCUGAUCACAUGAUGGCUUUAGUAUGUGUACCAAGGCAUCAUGAAAGCACCCAUGCUGAAAUGGUGUUAUAUCUGAUUACAUGGUUAUUUUGGUAUGUGUACCAUUGCAUCAUGAAGUCUUCGACAGCCAUGCUGAAAUGGUGUACGGUCUGAUCACAUGAUGGCUUUAAUAUGUGUACCAAGGCAUCAUGAAAGCACCCAUGCUGAAAUGGUGUUAGAUCGGAUUACAUGGUUACUUUGGUAUGUGUACCAUUGCAUCAUGAAGUCUUCAACACCCAUGCUGAAAUGGUGUUAGGUCUGAUCACAUGAUGGCUUUAGUAUGUGUACCACAGCACUAUGAAGCUUUCAACACCGAUGCUGAAAUGGUGAAUUUAGCGUGUACACCUAUGAAGUCUUCAACAAGCACAUGUAUGAUGGUAGGUUGUUAAGUUUGGUUAAAUGGUGACUGUGUCAUAGGUGUGGGAACAUCUGACAGAAUCAUGCCAUUAUAAGAAACCUGUAUCUGUGGGUACAUUGACAUGUAAAGUGGAAUGCACCUAGGAUUAGAUGUUGACAAUGGUGUAUGCACUCACAGGUAUCACUGAGAUCUGUCAAAAUGUGGAUGAUGUUUUUAACAUAAUCUCAGGCAUAAGAUUGAAAUGGUAGUUGCCAUGCAGAUACAUAUGUACUGAGGAUACACCAGAGGAGCAGAAAUUAUGACAAAUAGCACAGUUUCGUACAGUUGUCCUUAUGAAUGAGGUGGUGACUUUAGUACAUUUGAAUCUGUGACAGGAGCACCUAUGAUGUAGGUGUUGUGGAGACAGCUAAAAUUGGCGGCUUUUAAAUGGUCUUCUUAAUGCCUUUGAAAUCGUUACUUCAGGGAAGGAACAGAAUUAUAGGUGUCAGGCUGGGGUAGAGAACUUUUGAUAACUGUAUUGCGUUGGGUUUCACAGCUCAGUGUGUCCUACUAGCAACACAAGAAGAACAAGGGAAGAAGACUGAAGAUCUCUAUUCACGCCUGUCUUUGUUGACAAAUACUACAGACAUUAUAAAGAUUGAUCUAUGUACAUGUACGAUUAUGCAUGUAGAAGGCUUGAAUUCAUCACUAAAUGUUGACAAGCUGUGCCAUAUACAUGGAAGUCAUUAUACACAGGUGUGUGUGUGUAUCUGUGUAUAUCUUCAUGUGAACAAAUGUCUCUUGUACAUCAUCAAAUGUGCAAACUGCUCUGCUGUUGUAUUUCAAGUAGUUUAUAAUUUUCACACGUGCAUGUAGAUUUGUGGGAUAUGAUGGUUGGAUUUGUGGACAAUGAUUACAUGUAAGUGAAUAUGUAAAUGUGUUAAGAUAGUUUUUUUGUUGUUGUGACUUAGAUGCUGCAGGUUUAGGAUGACUGGUCCGUCAAAACACAAAUGUAUCAGGUGUUUUAUUUGCUCUGAAAAUCAAAACGAUUCAUUCUCAGGCUAGUAAUGCACAUGCAUGUUUAUGUAAGUUUGAUGUUCCAAAGUUACAUGCAGAUGUAAAUGAUACCAAGCCAUGUUUUAUUUUAUUACGAAUUCAGACGUGGGUUUGAAAUGAUUUGUUUUCUCUUAAACUGAAGGCUCAUCCUUUCAAGGAUACAGAAUCAAUUUGCCGUAAUCUUCCUCAGAGAAAUUAAGUUUCUUGGUUUUAUGGGGGAGACUACAUACUAUGCUAAAAAGAGUGGAAGUGAACGUAAAGAAAAUAGAUCAACAAAAAGAAGCAGGUGGCAGCCCAGAAUGAAAAAGAAAAUCGUGUUUUAUUCAAAGGGAAAUAAUCCAAGCCUGAAGUAUUAAUGCAUGUAAAAUUAGUAAAACCAUUUUAGCUACAUUUUGUAUUGUUACUCCUGUAAUAUGCUUUCAGUCGGUCACUUCAUCAGUCAUCCAGUCAAGCCGUCCAGUUCGUUAGCUGUGUUCACAACAAACUUUAUUAUACCACAUGCCCUGCGCAUCACUGUAAUCUUCGGAAUGGGUUGUAUGGGUAGUACUCUAGAUUGAAGGCGUGUACAACGCCCUUAGUAUCUUGGAAAUCGGAGGGGGAAUCUACAGAGCUGUUUACACUGAGAUGCAAAGUCAGUGCUGUGCAGUAAAUGCAGUAAUAUUGUUUGCUGCAAAAAAAGACCAAGUGAUGCCCUUUACAGACAAACUGGAGAUAUUAAAGGAGAUACAUGUGGACAUAGCCUGAUGAGGGGCUUUCCUCACCUGUAAGGUUCGAUACCAAAUCUUGCUAGAUCAGCUGCCGCCUAAAGUCAGGGAAUUUGUUAGGUAACGAACUUUUUAAACGGCUUUUUGUCCCAUCAGUCACCGCACGAAAUGGUGUCACUGUGACACCAUCUACAAUCAGGAACUCCUCUGAUUGCAGAACAGUUAACCUUGGUGUAUUAUGAGGGCUAUGCGUAAUGUAUUUGAAGUGCUCUCGUAUCACUGACCGUCUCAAGGAUAUACACCGAAAGCAAAAGCAUCUAGGCCUAUUUUGUCUAGGAAAUCAUCUUCUGUAUAUGACAUAAACUUACAGCAGCUAUGUAGAUCUUCGUUCUUUGUACUCAAGAUGUUGUCUUAAAUGUACACAAUAAUUAAUUAUGGGACUCUCAGUGUUGUUUUUUUUAUAUGCAAGGUGAGGAAGAAUUAUGUGUUUCGAGAAUGUGGCCAGUAUGAUGAUUGAAGUACAUCUAGUAAGGGUUGAAUCUUGUAUUUUAUGUGUAAUAUUUUAUGUAAUUUGGGUGAAAUGUGGGAUAAUUUGAGACAAUAACCUGCAGGUAUUUAAAAUUGUUGUGUGUUGAUCAUCUUGUCGCAUUAACUUCUAUUUUUAUUAGUCUCUGACUAGCCGUAUACAAUUACCGUUCAUCUUAUAAGCAUUUUCUCAAUAUUUUUUGUCUCCGGAAAGGAAUUUGCUUUUGAUUUUCUGGUGGUUAAUUUUUCCUUGGCAACCGUUUAUAGUGGCACAAGUGGCUGUAUUCUGAAGAAUUCUGGUGGAUGUUGUGGUUCACGGCUUUAUUAAGCCUGGUUCUCAUAGAAUCGGCGGUAUGAGAACAUGGUCACCGGCGGCAGUUUAUAGCCAGAGGUCCACCGCCGGUCGGCACCCUUGAUGUUCUAAGGUGUUCAACUUUUCCGGUCAUCGCCAGUAGACAACGUCAUGAGAACACUCCAGAGUCCCGCUGGAUUCAACGGUGGGCCACCGGCGUUCAUCCGCCAGGUUUAUGAGAGCCGGGCUAUAACUAUUGAAAGUUGAGUUGCCAAUUCAUUUCCUCUCCCCAUUGGCAGAAAGUCGGCAGAUUAAGAAAUCCUUUAGUUUCAACUUUCCGUUCCUCGGGUGAAGCCUUAUUAUCUUACAGUCCCAGAACCAUACAGUAUUAGUCACAGAAUUGAGGUAUAGAAUAUAUCUACCUCCGUGGUUACAAAACAGUUGUGAAGUAUUGCAUUGGUUUCAUUUUAACAUGAUCAAAGAGUGCUACAGUCAAACGGUAUUGUGCAAAGCGUUUAAUCUUUUCGUUCCCUUUUUUCUCCCCCCCCCCCCCCUUCCCUCGCCCUCUUAAAGCAUAUUGGAUAAGGCAGCAGUUCAUGGUUUAAUGUAUUUUAGCUGAAAGGAAACGAUUUGUGCCAAAUAUUUCUAGUGAGAUCAUUUUCAACGUAUACUCCCUCGAAUUGCAAUGGUAUCUUCCUUAUGUGUUAUGUCAUUGCGUACAUUAUGCAAUGGUUAAUCUACUUUUUAAGGCAUAAUUUAAACUACACAUUUUUGUAUGAGUACAUUUUCACAUCAUUCUGCGAUUGUUUAUAAGUUUUGGUUCUUAUUUUUUAAUUAUUUGUUUUUAGUAAGUAUGUUCCAAUGCAGCUUAUAGCUCAAUUGAUUGAUUUUUUGAAAACAUUUUAUUUGAAUGUUCACUUUAUAAAAUGAAUUCCAUGUUCUUUUACUUGAUGAUUGUCAGGUCACUGAAAUUGGUCCAAAAUUUUAGUCAGUUUUGAGAACCAUACCAAAGUGUGAUGACCCCAAAGGAUAUGUUGUGAGUGUCCUAUAAAAUGUGCGUUGAUGCAAAUUGACAUUGGACUGUAAUGUAUUCUCGUUUUUGUGUGUUACAAAUGAGAAACAUUAACCGCCAAAAUGAAGUCGGUCCAAGCGGUGAACUAUUCGUUCUUAUAUGUAGAUGUGCUCGUAAAGCACAGUUUACAAGCACUAGGGUGUAACAGCAAAGAAUGGUGUGUUUUACACACAGCUUGGAACCGAGUUGUUCAGGCAGGAAAUGUUCAUCCAUUGAUGUUGGACUCUAGUAUGUGAACUUCUGCAAAGUACGCGCUACACAAAGACUCUAAACUCGAACGUAUGCUUAUUUAGACUUGAUGUUACCAAAUGAUGUUGGAUUCAAACUUUGGUUUGUUUUGACAUGAUGUUACAAAACGGUGUUGGACUGUGGCUUCGGCGCAUUUUGAAACGUUAAGAAAUUACCUUCAAGACAUCCAUCACCUCAAACCAGACGUGUGAUUCAGCAUGAUUGCUGGAAGUUUUAAGUUAGGAGAAUGCACACUGUGCGCUAUAUGUCAACGUACAAUUCUUUAUACCAAUCUUCAAAACAGAAGUUUGUUCUGCAUUAGAACGGCGCCGGGAAAACCAGUGUGAGUAUAAAGAUGUGGAAAAGAGAAGAAUCUGUGAUUGUUAACAGAGCGAAAACACUGCGUAAAAAAAGAACAGAACUCGUGUUUUUUUUUUAUUUGAUUACAAUUAUUUUGGGGGUUAAACUCAAUGGAAUAUUUGUUUCCCCAUGUGUUUAAUAUCUUCAGUUUCUCAUGCCCAUUCAGUUGUAGAGAUGUUUACACGUAAUAAUAAACCUUUGUUAAAACAAGAA